CUAUGUAGAGCGGCUGUGGUUUUACUUUGAAGUGGAGAUUUAUUUUGAUAUACAAGAUGACCACGUUUUGGUCCUUCGUCACUUCCUUCCUUACACUCAAGGAAAGAAAUCAAAACAAACACAACCGAAAAGUGUUGGAACACGUGUAGACAACAUUUCCAUUGUUUGUGGUACAGAAAGCGCAUUUAAAGGCCCGUCGCUUUACAGUCAUAUUUCUUCAGACGACAAAAAACCCUGACUGCUUUUUUGGAUACGUCGAAAAAGUGGAGUUUCAAGGUCUGUAGAACACUUCUAAGAUGCCCUCUGCAGAAGUCAACUCUCCACUCCAGCUGAUGAGGAGCGUCAAAGAAGAGACGGAGGAGUUCAGAUUAGCUGAUUCUCCUGAACAACUGAACAUAAAAGAAGAGAGAGAAGAGUUCCCUGGUUCUUCAUCCCAGCUGAACAUGAAAGAAGAGAGAGAAGAGUUCCCUGGUUCUUCGUCCCAGCUGAACAUGAAAGAAGAGACAGAAGAGUUCCCUGGUUCUUCAGAACAGCUGAACAUAGAAGGAGAAGAGACAGAGCAGUUCCCUGGUUCUCCACUUCAGCUGAGGGGCUUAAAAGAGGACAGCGAGGAGACCCUGCGUUCUCUGUACAGUCUGAGGAGCGUAUCUGUAGUGCUGGUGGACUGCUGUAGACCACAAGGACGACAGGAGAACAAUGAAGAGAACCACAGAGAUGUCGAGCCAAGCAAGAGAUCUGGGCAUCUGCUACUCUGCAGUUCCAGCGGAGCGGAGUUUAGUGGAAAAACACAUUCUGCUGCCUUCACUACAGAGAGGCCGUACCCUUGCAGCCAGUGUGACAAGAGCUUUAGGACAAAACAAAAUCUCCAAAACCACCACAGUGUUCACACGGGGGAGAAACCAUUUUCAAGCUUAGACUGUGAAAAGACUUUCUCAAUGGCUACUACCCUCCAGCUGCAUCGCCGCAUUCACACAGGAGAGAAGCCGUACGCUUGCAGUCAGUGUAACAAGAGCUUUAAGAGAAAAGAUGAGCUCCAAAUGCACCAGCGUGUUCACACAGGGGAGAAACCAUUUUCAUGCAAAGACUGUGGAAAGAGUUUCUCACAGUCUUCUCACCUCCACACACAUCGUCGCAUUCACACUGGAGAGAGACCGUACGCUUGCAGUCAGUGUGACAAGAGCUUUAAGUCAAAAGCAGAGCUCCAAAUGCACCAGCGUGUUCACACAGGGGAGAAACCAUUUUCAUGCACUGACUGUGGAAAGAGUUUCUCACAGUCUUCUAGCCUCAACACACAUUGUCGCAUUCACACUGGAGAAAAGCCAUAUGUUUGCAGCCAGUGUGACAAGAGCUUUAAGUCAAAAGCAGAGCUCCAAAUGCACCAGCGUGUUCACACAGGGGAGAAACCAUUUUCAUGCACUGACUGUGGAAAGAGUUUCUCACAGUCUUCUAGCCUCAACACACAUUGUCGCAUUCACACUGGAGAAAGGCCGUACGCUUGCAGUCAGUGUGACAAGAGCUUUAAGUCAAAAAAAGAGCUCAAAAUGCACCAACGCGUUCACACAGGGGAGAAGCCAUUUUCAUGCAUAGAUUGUGGAAAGAGUUUUUUGUCAUCUUCUAAACUCCACAAACAUCGUCGCAUUCACACUGGAGAGAAGCCGUACGCUUGAAGUCAGUGUAACAAGAGCUUCUCAUAGACUUCUCACCUUAAGACACACUUGUUGUCACACUUGAGAGAGUAAAUGAGUCGCUGUUACACGUGAGUGAGGCCGUACACUUGCAGCCAAUGUGACAAGAGCUUUAAGACUAAGAAUCUCCUCAUAUGUCACCAGCACAUUGAUACAGUAGAGAAACCCUUCUCAUAUGCUGACUGUGGAGAAAGCUUUAGGAGGAAAGCAGACCUUAAUAUUCACCAGAGGCUUCACACAGGAGACACACACGUGGGGGAAACCUCUAUUCAUACAAAGACAGCAGGAAAUGUAAUGUUUUAGGAGUGUACAUGACCACUUCCCACCACUUACUGUAUUUCUCAAACCAAUGAGGGAAUGAGAUGGGUAAUUCUGGUCAGUAUUAACCCAUUGGCGCCUAAGCCAGUUCUUAGAAAAGGUCCCCAAUGCCUGAGGGUUUUCUGAGAUUAGAACAAUUGGUUGAAAACUCCCAUGAAAGUUUCAAUAUCUCAGCCUCUGGAACUCAUAGGGCCAUGGGA